AUGGAUGCCAAAAAAUCGAUUGUUAAAGUUGGGUAUAAUCGGCUUCAAGUGGUCAUUGCAUUGAGUGGGGGAGAGCUUAUACACUUUGAGGCAGAUAUGACUGGCCAGCUGAUGGAGGUGGAGAAACAUGAAAUGUCAGGAGAUGUGGCUUGCCUGCACAUUGCUCCUGUUCCUGAAGGAAGUCAGAGAUCUCGCUUUCUUGCUCUGGGGUCUUACGAUAAUCUGUGUGUUGAAGGUGUGGUAUCUGUUGCNGGGGAUGCUCUGAGAAUCUUCAUGGUUGAUCUUCUUGGGAAAACGUUCAAGGAAACUAUGGUUCCUCCGGGGUACACGCCUAGAAAGUUUGUUGUCCAACCCAAGCAAAAGCUGUUGGUCAUUAUCGAGACUGACCAUGGAGCAUUCACCGCAGAAGAGCGUGAAGCGAUAAGGAAGACCCCUCUCUCUGAUGAACAAUAUGGCUAUCCCAAAGCCGAGUCAGAAAAGUGGGUUUCUUACACCAGAGUUCUUGAUCCUAAGACGGCUGCGACAACUUGUCUCCUGGAACUUCUGGAAAACGAAGCUGCUGUACGUUCUGGUCCAAAAAGAAUCUGGUGGCUGCGUUCACACAUAUCUAUAGGAUUUGUGGACGAAGGGAAAUCUCUUGAGCUUCUUCACAAGACGCAAGUAGAAGGUGUUUGCUCUCUACCAGUUCCAAGGAAGACUGCUGGCGGACAUCGGACCCGUACUCAGAUUCUGCAGUCUAUCCAUUACUGUAAAUACAGGCCCGACGAGAACCAGCUAUACAUACUUGCGGAUGACUGCGUGCCGAGGUGGCUGACAGCAUCGCACCAUGUGGAUUUCGCAGGCGAAGACAAGUUUGGGAAUGUGUACUUUGUGCGGUCGCCUCAGGACGUGUCGGAGGAGAUAGAAGAAGACCCGACAGGCGGGAAAAUCAAGUGGGAGCAAGGAAAGCUGAAUGGAGCACCAAACAAAGCGGACGAGAUAGUGCAGUUCCAUGUCGGGGACGUAGUAACGUGCUUGCAGAAAGCUUUGAUGAUCCCGGGAAGAACGGAAUCGAUCAUGAGUAUCCUCCUCUCUGUGGGAGAGACCACAUGGCUUACCGAUCUGCAUAUUUUUCGGUCAAGGUAA